GGGCGUUUUAGUAUUUCACAAUUGCUCCAACCUAUGCAGCCCAACUCUGAAAUCCUUCUCUUCCAUUGCCUUCACGCUGACCCGGAAGUCAGAACAACUGACACAAUUCCGGAUUUCUCACUGAUGACUGAACACUCAGAUCUUUCAUUCUCUUUCCUCUGUUGAAUAAUGUAGGCAUGCCAUUGUUGGCUGCUUCUAAACUUCACCCAUUUAUUUAAUGGCCAUCUUAAGACAGUCAGCUCUUAUUUGGUGCAGGAAAUUCAGCAAGAGAGACCUGCUCACUGCAUCUGUUGGUUUAACACUCAUUCUUUUUUCUUUCUCCUUCCUCUUCAGCUUUUCCAAAAAUACUGUUGUUUUCACUCUUAACAACUCUAAUUUUGUCCCACUUACUCUCCUUUUCAACGCCAAAGAUCGAGGGGCCUUUUGCUUGGAUGGGAGUUUACCCGGGUACCAUUUUGAUAAGGGUUAUGGAUCCGGAUCUAGUAACUGGGUUCUUCACAUUGAGGGGGGAGGUUGGUGUGAGUCAGUAGCAACAUGUUCACUCAGGAAAAAAACGGCAUUAGGUUCCUCAAACCACAUGGAACAAGAAGUUCAAUUUUCUGGAAUUCUGAGUAGUGAUCCAGCACGGAAUCCUGAUUUCUUCAACUGGAACAAAGUCAAGAUCCGUUAUUGUGAUGGUUCAUCAUUUGCAGGGCAUCCGGAAAGUGAGUUUCAUAAUGGGUCAGGUCUUUUCUUCAGAGGUCAGCUCAUUUGGGAAGCAUUAAUGGACGAAUUUCUAUCUAUGGGAAUGUCUAAUGCUAGACAGGCUCUUCUUUCAGGAUGCUCUGCUGGCGGGCUCGCCACUAUGAUACACUGUGACGACUUUCGUGCUAAGUUGCCGAAGGCUGCUAUUGUGAAGUGUCUUGCUGAUGCAAGCUUUUUUCUUGACGAGGAGGAUGUUAGCGGAAGUCGCACUAUGCAGUUGUUCUAUAAUAAUGUGGUGAAUCUUCAUGGUGUAGCUAAAUCUUUGCCUACUGAUUGUGUUGCCAAAAUGGACCCAUCCUUGUGUUUUUUCCCUCGACAAAUCAUUGGAAGCGUAAAGACCCCAUUAUUUCUUGUCAAUCCAGCAUAUGACUUUUGGCAGAUACAGCAUGUCUUGGUACCAGCUGCAUCGGACCUUCCUGGUGAAUGGCGAAGAUGCCGACUGAAUAUCCAAAAAUGUAAUUCGCAUCAAAUGGACAUUCUACAAGGCUUUAGGAACAACUUGCUGAAGGCACUUAGUGAAUUUGAGAGGAGCAAGGGAAAGGGAAUGUUCAUUAAUUCUUGCUUUAUACACUGUCAAACUUGGAUGGAAACAUGGCAUGGGCCCAAUUCUCCAAGAAUCUAUAAUAAGACAAUUGCAGAGACUGUAGGCGAUUGGUACUCCGAAAAGGAAGAUGCAAAGCGAGUUGAUUGCCCAUUUCCAUGUAAUCCUUCAUGCUACAACAUGGAUUUCAUGCGCUCUUGAAUUUUGGUGACGAAGUUGAGACUUCCAACCCUCGUGUUUGGCCCGCGAUUUUCAGGGUGAUUCACUUGCGGACAGAAUUGCAACGUUAAUCACAUGAGCCUAAUUGGUUGUUUUACUUCAAUAUAAAAUCUUGUUUAGUAAUUUCAGUGUACUCUCUCUUUAUAAAAUUGAUCAUCUCUAUUUAAUUUUUUAUCUUAAUUAUUCCAUUGUUCUUA